AUGCCAGCGCCGAUGCGGCAUUCAAUCUCCCAGGGGCUACAUCCCACGAGAGGGAAGUGGCAAGGGGGAGGGGAGCACCUGCCUCGAGACACCGUCCUACUCGACAGCAACGGCCUCGGCAGGCGGAGGCGACCUCUGCCCCGCGCCCGCGCGGAGGCGACAGGGGCACCCACGGCGAGGAGCGGGAAGGCGGAAGGCGGCGGAGGGAGGAGGGCGGAGGGAGAAGGGGCAAGGGAGGGCGGAGGACCGCAGGGCAGAGUGGGGCCCCCGCCCCGUGUCCACGCCCCAGCCCCUCCCUGCGCUUCGUCGCACCGCUGGGCGGGCCAGCCGGCGCUGGCGCUGCUCGCGGGGCUCGGCAGCUGA